AUGGUGUCAAAGAUCUGGUUUACUGCAUUUCUCCUGCUAAAGGCCGUUAUCCAUUUCUCAGGUUUAAGAUAUUUCUUGUAGCAAACCUGUUCUUUAAAAGUUCUUUUCAAACAUUAAUUUUCUUUUUUUCUCCUUCUUUUAUCUUCAUUCAGAGGCCCAGGAAGCACCAGAAGGUAAGCUCUUUUUUAAAAAGAAAGUUCCUAUUUCUGUAGUACCUUAAAUGAUCUGUUGUGUGCUUAAAGUAGCCCUAAUGAAGAAAAAAGGGGAGAUUGGGAGUUUCAAGAAUAACUUAUUAUAAACGUCACUUAUUCUUUUUUUCAGGGAUAAGUUUGCUUUAAAUUUUUAUCAGCUUACUACAGCAUACAUUAGUUGUCUUCUAACUUGCAAAUUAUUGGGGGCAUAUUCCAUUUUCACCUCUCAAAGCCAGCGAGUUAGAGCUUUCCCCUUUUAGUGGGACUCUUUCAGAUUAGUUCAAUUACGAGUCAACAAGAAGUCUUGCAUUGAUCGAGUUUUGAGAAUUGCAUGCCUUGCAUACAUGCGAGUCAGUGGUACUAACUGAAACGUAUUUAAUAGAUUUGUAUUUGGCAGUUUUUUUGGCGCCAUUUUAACGCACAACGUUCCAUUCUUUUUCUCUUUUCACAAUUUUUCAAAAUAAAAUAACUAAAACCCUUCAUAUAAAAGAAAAAAGCUGAAAAUAUAAGAAAAUCCCUAUGGCAGCUCUAGGCCACCAUAGACGUGUUUUCUACUGUUUGACAAAUUAUGCGACUAUACGGUGCAGAAUUUUGUGGUCGGCAGUUCGAAUAGCGACGAUGGAACAUAAACAGAUCAAGAAAGAAGCGCGUAAAAGUUGAAAAUUAUCUAAAGGUUGUCGGCUCAGUUUGAUCCAGUUUCGUAGCUCAGUUUUUUAUGUAACACGAUCGAGUGCCUACUGAGCCCACAAGCGAGUUUGUAGAAAGAUAGCAGUUCAUCUGUCCCUUUUAUUUAUAGUUAGUAUAUGGAUAUUUUCGUGCUGUACCAGGAACAAUCUUCCAGUGUUUUCAGAUGUUUUACGGCAAAUGGUAGCAACGAGGAAACUAUACGGGAAUACUGCAACUGGAUCCUCUGACUAAUUUCGGAUCCAUAGUGAAUAGAACAGCGUAGAUCACUAACCGUUAAUCUGGAUUUGGAUUCUUCGGAUUUCAAAUCAGUCAGUGUAAAACGCAGACUGCGGACUGCAGACUGCAGACUGCGGACCAGGGGUAAAAUGCAGACUGAGUGUAAAAUGCAGACUGAGAGUAAAACGCAGGCUGGGUGCAAAAUGCAGAAUAAAGACUAUAGACAUUUUUAAACAUUUGUGCUCCUUCUUCUCCAAGUCGGUGAAAUAGCUAGCCGGUAUCAGUUACACACUUCGCUUCCUAGUCGAAGUGCAUUGCACAUUCCCCAGAAGUUUCAAUGAAAAUCCAAACAGCUUAAGUCUGCGUACCUUGAUUUGCAAUACUUUCAUAGAAGGUCAUCCAAAUUUCCUGCAGAAUAUCUUUCUUUGUUGUUGGAAUGAUUUACUCCUUUUUUAUUGCCAUAAUUCUUCCUGUACAGUAUUUUGGGUCAGCAGCUUUCAUUUAAGAGUAAACAUCGUGGUGUUGUACCAGUUCACGGUCCCUGGUCACGUAUAUCGAAAACUUCGCAUCUAAAGUUGAAGCGUGAAGUCUCUCGGACGGAAAAAAGGUUCAAGAUUGCGAUGAUGUUUUCGGGUCAUCGACGACUUUCCAGAGAAGAAAGGAAUGGAUUUGUGCGAGCAGAUGUCGUUAAGUAAGUGUUCGUUUACAUGUAUUGGGGGGCUUUUUUUGCCCUUAAACCCUUCAACGACUACAGUUUAUGCUCGGUCUGCAUUUUACCCCAGUCUGCGUUUUACUCUUAGCCUGCAGUCUGCAUUUUACACUCAGUCUGCAUUUUACCCCUGGUCCGCAGUCUGCCGUCCGCAGUCCCGCAGUCUGCGUUUUACACUGACCGGAUUUCAAAUCCAAUGAAUCCUUUAAGGAUUCACCAGCUCAAAAAUCCGGAUUUGGAUUUGCCGAAAGGAACACAAAAUCUGUUUUAAGAUCUAAAAUUUCACCGAAAGGAACACACCCUAAGUAUAAAGUGCAAAUGCAUUUUUUUAAAUUAAAAUUUGCAUUCUUCCUGCGCCUGAUCGACUCCUCGUCCUUCAAAUGAACUGAUAUGAUUUAUCUGAUCACGCAACUGUCGAUCGUUACGACUGUUGUCAUCGUCGCUUUUAAGGCUUUGAAGCUCUUUUACUUCCAGUUGAGUAUUCUUUCGUACAUUCCCUCUUUAUUUGUGAGAUCUACGAAAGUGUAUUUUGAUCAGGGAUGGAGCGAAAUGAAGGAAAAACCACCUUCUUGAUAAUUCUCCCGUUCGGUUCGCAUCGGAAGUCUUUUUGAAUUUUAAUGACAUCUCCAUGUACCCAAGAAAAAAUUUUCGCCUCUGUCCCACUCCCUCCUCCCCGCCCAGAUAUUGGAACAGAGGACAAAGGGAAGUCUAUGGUGAUAGAAUUAAAUCUAGUAGGGGAGAGUAGGGAAUAAUGCGUUUAAUUAACAAUUAAUGAAUGAGGCUAAGUAUCUGGAGAUCGAGGAGGGUGUUAUCGGAUAACACCCUCCGAGAUCUUCAUAAUUCUUCAUAUGAUACGAAAGCCGAAUUCAAUAAUUGUUACAUUAUUCAUUCAAAAUAAUUCCUAAUCUAAAAACGUGGCUAAAACAUGCUUACCUCCAUCGAUCCAUCGAUGUUAAGUUCAUCUUCGUUAGUGAACGUUUAGGGUUGUUCAGCUCUGCAAAUAUUCUCCAAAUAGCAGAUGUUGCUCUUCGAGUUGUAUUCUUGCUGUUCUUGGCAUGUUUUUAGCCAUUAUUUCGCCUAGUUCUUACUCUUGAAACGAGUGAAAUGUCCGCCAUUUUUGUUUCCACAACCAAAACAACUCAACUUCGUCCACAGGUCUUCUCGGUAAACGGUUCAUAACCUGCAAAAACGCUGCAUUUUUGACGUCAUUUCCUCCCUAAACACAAAAUUCUUCCAAAUUUGGUCAUUAGUAACUGGUUAUGGUGAAUUAUGCGUGUGCUUUUAGCCAAUCAGAAUCGAGGAAUUAUUUUGAAUGAAUAAUAAUCCCUGUUUAAUGCAUAAAUUCAUUAUUAUCGAGUGAGUGGGUGAGUGAGUGAGUGAAUUUUUGGUACAUACCCAUACCUAUAGCCUAUAGUAUGACGUCAUACCAUAGGGUAAAAAGACCAUGAACACUAGAAAUAUUUUGUGGAAUAUAAAGUUAUUCUGUGACAGGUGAAACAUCAACACCUUAAGGUGUUUCGAUACAGUUUUUCAGUGGCCAUACCGAUAUUUUUCAAUCGCCUUAAAAGUGGUGUUUUCCUUGUCCAAUCGCUAUAACAUUUUCACCAGUAUAUUGGCUAUGGAUUGAAAUUUGUGAAAAUGUAGUUUUAAGUAAAAUCGAUAUUACUAUGACAACAAUAAACAAACAACUUUGAAAUUGAUAAAAGCCCAAUUUUGUGUGAUCUAGACCUGCUACUGAAAAUCCAACACUUGGAACUUAAAGUCUGGUGUUCAGCAAACAAUCUCCGUAGGAAGCAAAAAAUUCUGUAUGUUUGAAUUCGACUAAAACGAAAAUAUAUUUCAAACCUUAAAUUUUCAAUAGCCGUGAUAGAUUAUUUAAUAAAAACGUUAUAAAUGACUCAAAUUAUUCUUAAGUAGCGUCAGAAUGCUGCUUAAUAUCAUUUUUUGAUGCUGGGAAAUUUUGGUUUACUUUCGUUGUUGCGAUCUUGAAAACUAACCCGUUUUCUCACCACCUGUAUAAGUGCAACUUCAUUCAGAAUUUGGACUUUUAGCGCUUUCUUGUAUAUCUCCGAAACGACUCGAGCGAAUUUUUUUGAAAUCUGUUCACAUAAUUGUCAUAAUGUUUAUAAAAAUGUUUGAGACUUUUAUUAAGAUUGAUUCACUGCAACACCUUAAAAUUUCACGACAAACCUAUCCUACGAACCGGUCAAAAUUCUGCGUCACAACAUUCACUGUUUUGACGUUAUGCUAAUUUUUCCAAAAUAAUGGGCACUAUACAUACCUCCAUGACUAGUACAUUUUAGUUUGAAUUUAUCGCAUCUUUUGGAUGUAAAACAUUGACAAUACUCACACUGAAAUGUACUAGUCAUAUAUCUAUUGUCCUCAUUAAUUUGGAAAAAUUCUUGGGUUGCACGUGACGUCACCAAAAAUCAAACUAAGAAACUAUCGAUUCUUCUGAGUUUCUACUUUCACGAGGUAUUACAGUACCUAAACACCUUUACACGAACAAAUUUUUGGUUCGAAAGGGUUCUUCGUUUUGCGAGAGAGGACGCUUGAAUUUCCAAGCUUUCGCGUGACGCGGCAUUUAGCUGGCGGCCGGGAAAGCUCUUAUGUGGGUUAAAAACGUUACCGAUUUUGGGAGAUUUUGCAAUCUAAACAUUCCUUGUCUCAGAAUAAAUAUUACUGUAAUCUUUAUGAGUUCCUCAAGCGAAGAAUUCACGCAUUAGUAGGAAAACUCGAAAACAGAUGUUUCUGUUGGUAUCCGGCGGCCAUAUUGGUGUUCCUGAACGGGACACCAACAUGGCGUUUCCAUACAAAGGUUUAUAAAUUUAGGUAAACCGUUUUUCCCAAUAUCUCGCAUUUGAAAUAUUUCACAGACUUGAUUCUUGGCAAGGGUUUUUGUAUAUUUAUCUUUUUUCAUUUCCCAGAUUCUAGUCCUUCUGUAUUGAAUGGUUGGCAUCUUUAUUUUUCAUUUCGUGACAGUGCAAGCCGAGAAUUAGCAUAACGUCAAAACGGUGCAUGUUGUAGCGCGGAUUUUUGACCGGUUCUUAGCACAGGUUUGUCUUGAAAUUUCAAGGUGUUGCAGUGAAUCAAUCUCACUGCUAAAUUUUCACAAAUUUCAAUCCAUAGCCAAUUACUGGUGAAAAUGUUAUAGCGAUUGGACAAGGACAAAACCACUUUUAAGCCGAUUGAAAAAUAUCGGUAUUGCCUCUGAAAAACUGUAUCGAAACACCUUAAGUAGCUACGGUGAUGAGUUUAUGGUGAGUGAAGCUUCUCUUAAUGAUAUUGUUUUUGCUUUAUUGCGACACUUAGUGUAAAAUCCUUUUUUAUCCUUUUUUUUCCUUUUUUUCUCAGUGGAAGGUCCUGAAAUCGAAGGUAAACGUAAAGAUACAUCUAUGUAAUCUUACUGGUAACCAAGGAACAUCGCAAAAUUCAGUUCUAAACGUAUAUUUCGGGUUUCAAAAAUGAUUUACUGUCAAUCUUCCCUUCGUUGAGCUACACUAAGUAGUACCAUACUAUAAGCAAUUAACUGAUUUAAUACCAGGCCUUCGUCUUGUCAAAAUUUAAGUCUGCAGGCAUUUUCGAAAAGGAUUUCACUUAGUGAUUUUUGUAGCUUUUUAAACCAUUUGCACACUUUGUGGAGACUCGAGUAUUCCUUAGCACAUUUUGUUAAUACGUUACUAUGUGGCUUACUUAUGGAGCUGCUGCGCGCGCCAAAACUCUGGUAUUACAUCGUAUCCAUUCUUUGCAGGUCCAGAGAAUGGAACCUCAGCAUUUUUCAACUUGCCGGGUAUGUGAUAUCCGAAUAAUUUUUUUUGUGUUACAUAUGUCUGAGACCUAUAUUCAUUUGCACACAUCCAAGUCUUUGUAUAACAGAGGUGCAUAUAAUUAGCGAACUUAAGUCACGGACGGCAAGUCGAAGUUAAAAGUUCUCAUUCCUGGUGCUCAGUACAGUAUUUUAGUCAUCACAUUGACGUCAUAGCACGCUAGAACUAGUUCCAUUCCUUUUCCGGUUGCUGUCUGCGUCUCAAAAAAGUGGCUACGUAAGUUCGCCAUUGUUUAGAAUCUGAACCUUAUAACGUAGGUCAUAAGCUUCUCUUAGAAAACAUAAUCAUAAAAUGAUUCAAAUGAGAGAGCGGAAGAUUUGAAUUACUAAUUUUAGGGAAAACGUUGAAGGCAUGAGAUGACUUUUCAUCUCAGUUCGAGCCGUAAAGGAGGAAACACGGAACGCAGAUAGAUACUAGCCUGAGAAAACAGCCGACAUUUCCCCGCGGAAUGACGUCUGAGAAACGAGCGGAGAAAUUCCAUACUGAUGACCCGUCACUACCCAGAACUGGGUAGUGUUGAUUGCUGAUUGAUCGUGCUUCUUAGUCGUGCCGCGUGGGAAAUUCGAUUCAACCAAUCAGAAGUACUACCCAGAUCUGGGUAGUGACGAGUCAUCAGUAUGGAGUUCCUGCGCUGUUUCUCAGACGUCAUUUGCCGGGAAAACCAGUGGUAGCGUCGCCAAAUGUUGGCUGUUUUCUCAGGCUUGAUAGAUACAUGUCAAUGAAUAUCAAAAAAGUGUAUUGCUAUUUAAAAUCGUUAAAACAGAAGUCUUACAUGGAGAGGUCUAAGAAAGCAUCAUUUAUUAAAGGAGACUGAAUCUAUAGUUACAAGCAAUUUACAAGUCGUCUUCUAUUUCCAUGUAGGAUGUGGCGUCCGCCCUUUUAGAGGCCUCGUGAUUGGUGGUGUCAACGCCACUGCCAACUCCUGGCCAUGGAUAAUUUCCCUCAGAAUAGGAGGACUUCACUCUUGUGGUGGCUCACUGAUCAGACCAAACUGGGUGCUUACUGCUGCACACUGCUUAUUUUACCCGAUAAUAAGUGAAUACAGGGUUGUUGUCGGUAAGGAAGGGGAAAAACUAAACAUUUUGUUCAUGAGUAAUGUACUCUUGCAAAACUGCAAAAUGCUAACCCUAAUAAAUUCUUUAUAUAAAAAAAAUNGCUGAUUGAUCGUGCUUCUUAGUCGUGCCGCGUGGGAAAUUCGAUUCAACCAAUCAGAAGUACUACCCAGAUCUGGGUAGUGACGAGUCAUCAGUAUGGAGUUCCUGCGCUGUUUCUCAGACGUCAUUUGCCGGGAAAACCAGUGGUAGCGUCGCCAAAUGUCGGCUGUUUUCUCAGGCUUGAUAGAUACAUGUCAAUGAAUAUCAAAAAAGUGUAUUGCUAUUUAAAAUCGUUAAAACAGAAGUCUUACAUGGAGAGGUCUAAGAAAGCAUCAUUUAUUAAAGGAGACUGAAUCUAUAGUUACAAGCAAUUUACAAGUCGUCUUCUAUUUCCAUGUAGGAUGUGGCGUCCGCCCUUUUAGAGGCCUCGUGAUUGGUGGUGUCAACGCCACUGCCAACUCCUGGCCAUGGAUAAUUUCCCUCAGAAUAGGAGGACUUCACUCUUGUGGUGGCUCACUGAUCAGACCAAACUGGGUGCUUACUGCUGCACACUGCUUAUUUUACCCGAUAAUAAGUGAAUACAGGGUUGUUGUCGGUAAGGAAGGGGAAAAACUAAACAUUUUGUUCAUGAGUAAUGUACUCUUGCAAAACUGCAAAAUGCUAACCCUAAUAAAUUCUUUAUAUAAAAAAAAUAAAGGCACCUUUUCCAGUCAAUCUAAAACAGCCUUGACCUUUCACUUCUUCCCCCUCCCCCUUGCAUAAUGAUCUUCUCAUAACCUUAAAGGUAAUCCCCUUCGGGGCGGAUACCAAGUAUUAAUACACGGUUGUUGUAGGAAAGGAGGGAGAAAAGUUAAUGUCUUGUUCACUGGUAUUGUACAUUAAAAUUGCAAAACCUCAAACUGCUGACUCCCUUGUAAAUUCUUUAAAAGAGGUUUAGCCCCCUCCAUCCAACCAAUCUUAAAGAGCCUUGAUCCUCCACUUCUCUUUCCUGUUGUUUUUUGAUAGUAUUGUAGUUUUUACAUUUUUUUUAACGACCUAUGACUUAGGCCUGCAGUAAUUGGCGCUCGCUGUUGCGGUGUCCCCGCCUGUACUCCUGUAAAUAUAUGUACACUUUUUUUUGUAGUGUCAUUUAUCUUAUUCUUUGGGAAAGUUAAUGAAAUAAAAAUAAAAUAAAAAUAAAACCCCUAUAUGGAACUUUUCUCGACCUUAAAGAGGUAAUACCCCUUGCCACCGUUCUUUUCAAUGUCACGCAACGGAAGAAGCGUUGUGUGACACUCCUGAAAAAGGAUGGCGAAGGAGACCCUCGCAGAGGGCGGCUCACGAGGAAAGAAAAAGUAUGAAACGCAUUUGCCUUCUUGCAGGCGCACAUUCCUUGUCCGGUUCAACGCCUGUUCAAGAAGUAUUCACGGUCAAAAGGAUUAUUACGCAUCCUGACUUUAGUUUGAACACAUUACAAAAUGACAUUGCUCUAGUGGAGUUAAAUGGGAAUGUCACUCUGAGCAUGAAGGUGAACCUGGCCUGUCUGCCGCCACAGGGAUCUAGAAUUCCACCAGGAAGACUAUGUGUAAUUACAGGUAAAUAUCCCUCACUCUAUCAGGCUUUGUUCUAUUAAUAGAGCGCUUUUCGAUUGAGUGUCGUACAACCAAAACCCAAUUAAAACUAAAGUAAUCACUAUACGUCUAUACGGCCAAUCAGAAGGAAGGAAAAUACCCGUAAGAGCCGAAGAGAACUCGAAGUAAAUAUAAGCACACUGCGUAAAGCGCGGGAAAACUUAAGUGAUCAAGUGGUGAUUGGUUUUAGUUUGGCAUUUGAUUGGUUGAGAGGGUGGCGCGAGUAUUCUGAACCAAUCACAGAGCAAAGUAAAGCAAAACUGAAGCAGAAUCGGAUUACUUUCGACACUCAGCAGAAAAUUGCUCUGUAAAGAUGAACAAAUUCCGUGCUUCUUUGGAAAAUACAACUCAUCACAGUUACCAAAUGAAUCUUUUAGGCUGGGGACGAACCACUCCAUCUGGACCUUCGGCUGACAUUCUUCAGCAAGCAACUCUGCCUGUUGGUAGUCAAAGUGAUUGCAGCAUACGUAAUGGCGCAAUAGUUCCUAUCGAUGAGAGGUCAAUGUUAUGUGCUGGAGGUCAAGGAACCAGUGGUGGUUGCAAUGUACGCGAAGUAGAUACAAGAAAGUAUCAAGCGCUUGAUACUCUCUUAAUUGAUAGACCAAAUUUCAAUUGA